AGGAUGAAGAUGGAUGACAGAUGCUACCCAGUGAUCUUCCCAGAUGCAAGAAAUUUCCGUCCCUUCACUGCUGACACUCUCGAUGCCAUUAGGAAGCGGAUUGCCAUCCAAAAGGAGAAAAAGAAGUCCAAAACUCUGACAUCAGAUGAACCCCCACCUCGACCUCAGCUUGAUUUGAAGGCUUCCAGGAAGUUGCCCAAGCUCUAUGGUGAUAUUCCCCGUGAGCUGGUGUCAAAGCCCUUGGAAGAUUUAGACCCAUUCUACAGAAACCACCAGACAUUUAUGGUAUUGAACAAAAAGAGGACAAUUUACCGCUUCAGUGCCAAGCGUGCCUUGUUCAUUCUGGGUCCUUUCAAUCCAAUUCGAAAUUUAGCCAUGAGAAUCUCUGUUCAUGCCCUGUUCAGCAUGUUUAUCAUCUGCACGGUCAUCAUCAAUUGUGUGUUCAUGGCCUCUACUGGGUUGAACGAGAACGCAAAUAAAACUGCCGAGUAUGUCUUCAUUGGGAUUUAUGUUUUUGAGGCUUUAAUAAAAAUUUUGGCAAGAGGUCUUAUUUUGGAUGAGUUUUCUUUCCUUCGAGAUCCAUGGAACUGGUUGGACUCCAUUGUCAUCGCAACAGGGAUUGUUUCGUUGUUUCCAGAAGUCACAGUCAACCUGUCAGCCCUGCGUUCCUUUCGAGUAUUGCGAGCUUUAAAAGCAAUUUCUGUGAUUUCAGGUCUGAAGGUCAUUGUUGGGGCCUUGUUGCGCUCUGUGAAGAAGCUGGUAGAUGUGAUGAUCCUGACUCUUUUUUGCCUCAGCAUCUUUGCCUUGGUAGGUCAGCAGCUCUUCAUGGGAAAUCUGAGUCACAAAUGUGUAUUGAAAGACUGUGUUAAUCGGACGAAGAAUAAUUCUUAUGAAGAAUAUUGCUAUGAAAAGAAAAAUAAUUCCAAUGAAUUCAGAUUGUGUGGCAACUGGAUGGAAAAUGAAAGUGCCUGUUCUCCUGGAUUUGAGUGCCAUAAUACAGCUUGCAAUCCAGACUAUGGUUAUACAAAUUUUGACAACUUUGGCUGGUCUUUUCUUGCUAUGUUCAGGCUUAUGACACAAGAUUCCUGGGAGAAAUUGUAUCAACAGACCUUACGGACCUCAGGGCUCUAUGCAGUCUUCUUCUUUGUAUUGGUCAUCUUCCUGGGAUCUUUCUACCUGAUUAACUUAACUCUAGCAGUAGUCACUAUGGCUUAUGAAGAACAGAACAGAAAUGUAGCAGCUGAGACAGAGGCCAAAGAGAAGAUGUUUCAGGAAGCCCAGCAACUAUUAAGGGAGGAGAAAGAGGCUCUGAUUGCCAUGGGAAUUGACAGAAGUUCACUUAAUUCCCUUGAAGCAUCGUCUUUUUCCCCAAAGAAAAAAAAGCUAUUUGGUAGUAGUACAAGGAAGUCCUUCUUUGUGAGAAAGUCUAGGAAAGACAAGCCUUCAGGAUCAGAUUCUGAAGAAUAUUCUCCAACAAAGCCACCUCUCUUAGAACAAACCAAAAGACUGUCCCAUACUCUCUCAGUGGACCACACCGAUGAGCUCGGAGACCCCUUCCAAAGGCAGCGGGCACUAAGUGCUGUCAGCAUCCUCACCAUCACCAUGCAAGAACAAGAAAAAUCACAGGAGCCUUGCCUCCCAUGUGGGGAAAACCUGACAUCCAAAUACCUCGUGUGGAAUUGUAGUCCCCUUUGGAUGGCUAUCAAGAAGCCCCUGAAGAUUGUGAUGACGGACCCUUUUACUGAACUGGCCAUCACUCUCUGCAUCAUAGUCAACACAGUCUUCUUGGCUAUGGAGCAUUACCCAAUGGAGAAAGAUUUUGAGAAUAUGCUGAACACAGGGAAUUUGAUUUUUACUGGCAUUUUUUUGGCAGAAAUGUGCCUAAAAAUCAUCGCACUUGAUCCCUACCAUUACUUUAGCCGAGGCUGGAACAUUUUUGACAGCAUUGUUGCUCUUCUGAGUUUUGCUGAUAUAAUGUACACUUGGAUUGUAGAGAAGAUGUAUGAUCGGACUCGAAGGUCCUAUUUUCGUUCUUUUAGAGUGCUGAGGAUCUUCAAAUUAGCCAAGUCCUGGCCCACUUUAAACACACUGAUAAAAAUCAUUGGCCACUCUGUCGGAGCACUUGGAAACCUCACUGUGGUCCUGGGUAUCGUGGUCUUCAUCUUCUCAGUGGUCAGCCAUCAGCUUUUUGGAUCUACAUUUAAUGCCACGAAUACUGCUACCAACUCCUGUGGCAUUCCUCAGACAGUCUCAGAACGGAACAGACGUUGGCACAUGGGGGAUUUAUUUCAUUCCUUUCUGGUGGUGUUUCGCAUCCUCUGCGGGGAAUGGAUUGAAAACAUGUGGGAAUGUAUGCGGGAAACAGACGACGCAAUGUGUAUCAUCGUCUUUUUGUCUAUCAUGGUGAUAGGAAAACUUGUGGUACUCAACCUCUUCAUUGCAUUGCUGCUCAAUUCCUUCAGCAAUGAAGAGCAAAAUGGAAACCUAGAAGAAGAAAUGAAGAAAACCAAAGUUCAUUUAGCCUUUGAUCGAUUCCACCGGGCCUUUUGUUUUUUGAUAAAUACAAUUCGACAUUUUUGUUGCCAGCACUGCAGGAGGCAAAAAUUAGCAAAACCAAAAGAGAUGACAGAUGGGUUUGCCACAGAAAACAAAGGGAUUAUUCCCCUGACAGGGGGCCCAUGUACUGAAUUUGGAGUUCCAACUUCUACAUCCAAGACCUUGGGUGUUGGCCAGGAUCGGAUUUGGCUGGCUCCACUUGCAGAGGAAGAGUAUGAUGUUGAAUAUCUUCCCAAAGUUAAUGUACAGCCUAUCAUGCAGCCUGAGGCUGAGAAAAAGGCCUAUGAAAAUCCCCAGGAGACUAAGAACAUAAACAGUCCAGGAAUUCCAAGUGUAGAAAUUGUGUUUUCUGAUGAUACCUUUCCCUCAGAGCAGAAUCCUCGAAAGAAUUCUGAUGCCCUGAGCUUGUUCUCAGAAUGUAGCACUAUUGAUCCACAGGAUCCCUUUGGGCGGGCAACUGAAAUAGUUCCCAAGAAGCAGCCAGGUAGAUGUUUGCCUAAAGGCCUGCUGUUUUGCUUUCCAUGCUGUGUUGUAGACAAGAGAAAGUCCCUCUGGAUGCUCUGGUGGAACCUGCGGAAAACCUGCUAUCAAAUAGUGAAACACAGUUGGUUUGAGAGCUUUAUUAUCUUUGUGAUUCUCCUGAGCAGUGGGGCACUGGUAUUUGAAGAUGAUCAGCUCAAAGAUAAAAAACACAUCAAAGAGUUACUUGAAUUUACUGACAAAUUUUUCACAUUCAUUUUUAUGCUGGAGAUGUUUCUGAAGUGGGUGGCUUUUGGAUUUAGGAAGUAUUUUACAAAUGCCUGGUGUUGGCUGGAUUUCAUAAUUGUGAUGGUCUCUGUGCCCACACUCAUCGAGUUAAACAUCUUGAAACCCUUCCGGAUUCUCCGAGCACUGCGUCCCCUGAGAGCUCUCUCUCAGUUUGAGGGAAUGAAGGUGGUGGUCUACGCGCUCAUGGGUGCAAUACCUGCCAUUCUGAAUGUCCUGCUUGUCUGCCUUGUAUUCUGGCUCAUCUUUUGCAUCCUGGGCAUAAACUUCUUUUCUGGAAAAUUUGGAAAAUGUGUGAAUGAAACAGACGGGAACUCCCCUUUGAAUUACACUUUUGUAGCAAACAAAAGUGAAUGUGAAAGCAAAAAUUUAAACUGGACCAACCUCCGCGUCAAUUUUGAUAACGUGGGGAUGGCUUAUCUUUCCCUGCUGCAGGUGGCAACAUUUAAGGGUUGGUUGGAUAUUAUGUAUGCAGCUGUUGAUUCCAGAGAGCAAGGACAACAGCCAGGCUAUGAGGUGAAUGUAUACAUGUACAUUUACUUUGUCGUUUUCAUCAUCUUUGGCUCAUUCUUCACUCUGAAUCUCUUUAUUGGUGUUAUUAUUGACAACUUCAAUCAACAACAAAAAAAGAUAAGUGGCCAAGACAUAUUUUUGACAGAAGAACAGAAGAAAUACUAUAAUGCAAUGAAAAAAUUAGGAUCCAAAAAACCUCAAAAACCAAUUCCAAGGCCUCUGAACAAAUUCCAGGGUUUCGUGUUUGACAUAGUCACAAGCCAGGCCUUUGACAUCAUCAUCAUCAUCUUCAUCAUUCUCAACAUGAUUUGCAUGAUGGUGGAAUCCCAUGGACAGCAUCCCACCACAGAACAAAUACUUGAUAAUCUUAACGCAGCCUUUGUGGUCAUCUUUACAAUCGAGUGUCUCAUAAAAAUCUUUGCUUUGAGGCAAUACUACUUCACCAAUGGCUGGAAUUUAUUUGAUUGUGUGGUCGUGGUCCUUUCUAUUGUUAGUACAAUGGUUUCUGCCUUGGAAAAUCAACACAUUCCUUUUCCUCCGACCCUCUUCAGAAUUGUGCGCUUGGCUCGGAUUGGUCGGAUUCUGAGACUUGUUCGGGCCGCACGAGGAAUCCGGACUCUCCUUUUCGCUCUGAUGAUGUCCCUUCCCUCUCUAUUCAACAUUGGUCUUCUGCUCUUUCUGGUCAUGUUUAUUUAUGCCAUUUUUGGUGUGAACUGUUUUAGUAAAGUAGAACCAGAGGCUGGGAUUGAUGACAUCUUUAACUUCAAAUCUUUUGCCCACAGCAUGCUCUGUCUCUUCCAGAUCACCACAUCCGCAGGCUGGGAUAGUCUUCUCAGCCCCAUGUUGAAAUCAAAGGAUUCCUGUGACUCUGAGCCAAAAAACUGUCACCUCUCGACCAUAGCCAUCAUCUACUUUGUCAGCUACAUUAUCAUCUCCUUUCUCAUUGUUGUCAACAUGUACAUUGCUGUGAUUUUAGAGAACUUCAAUACAGCCACUGAAGAAAGCGAAGACCCUUUGGGGGAGGACGACUUUGAUCUCUUCUAUGAGGUCUGGGAAAAGUUUGAUCCAGAAGCGACACAGUUUAUCAGUUAUUCUGCCCUUUCGGAUUUCGCAGAUGCCCUUCCUGAGCCUUUGCGCGUGCCCAAACCCAAUAGAUUUCAGUUCCUAGUAAUGGACCUACCCAUGGUGAAUGGAGAAAGACUGCACUGCAUGGAUAUUCUCUUUGCUUUUACCACAAGGGUGCUUGGUAAUUCCAGUGGCCUGGACAGCAUGAAAGCGAUGAUGGAAGAGAAGUUCAUGGAAGCCAAUCCUUUGAAGACUUUGUAUGAGCCCAUAAUCACCACCACCAAAAGGAUGGAAGAGGAAAAAUGCGCUUCUAUCAUUCAAAAGGCCUUUCGAAAGCACAUGAUCAGAAUGACGAGGUGUCUCUUGGAAGACAGGCCUCACACAAUGCUUCAGACACUCUACAAUGGAGAUGUGCCUAUCUCUGGAGUAAAGUCUGAGGACAAAGUCCACAAUGACUGAGCCUUCAAUAGCUUCCCUUACAUCACACCCUUGAGCUACUAGGGAGUCCUCAGUUGAGUAUGAACAAGCGAACUCUAGGAGCAAGCCAUUCACAUUGGUUUCAGCUGAAAGAAAUGAAAAGUCAGCAUUUCCUUAA